UAUGGGUUUUUAGAAUACAAUGUUGGGUUUUGUUCUUUGUUUGGCUGUCGGAUUGAAAGCUAGUAUUUUCAGAAUUAAAACAUUGAAUAUGUGAGCAGGGGUUUCAAUUUUGUUGACGGCAGAUCUUAGAAUGAGUUUUAGUUUCUGCAGAAUUCAAGCAAAAAUGGGACAACUUAAUUUUUCUUGGGAUAAGAAAUGUCUGCUCAGUUUCAAACCACAAAUUUAGUUUUGCUAGAUGAUGAUGAAUAAUGCCUGGAGAAGAUGGCAGAUUCUGCAUAACCCUAAAAAUGCAGCUUAGCAGCUAUUUGAAGCUAUGAAUUCAUCGUCUAUGGGGUCGAUGGAUCAGUUUUUAUUUGAUUCCUAGAAACAUAACCAUCUCUAGAAGACAGAAAAUGGAUUCUAUUGCGUGAAAUUCAAGGAUUUUUCUUCCAUCACCCCAAAUUUCUCAAAAGGGAAAGAAAAUUAGGGUUUUUGAAGCACUUGGGAAUGAAACAGAAGCAAGGUAAGCCAGAGGCCGAUGUUGUUGUGAUUGGGAGCGGUAUAGGUGGACUGUGUUGCGCGGGUCUUUUAGCUAGGUACCAGCAAGAUGUUUUGGUGUUAGAAAGCCAUGAUCGACCUGGAGGUGCUGCUCAUUCCUUUAAGAUCAGAGACUAUGAAUUCGACUCGGGUCCAUCUCUAUUCUCUGGGUUCCAGUCAAGAGGCCCUCAGGCCAAUCCCCUAGCACAAGUUCUUGAUGCAUUAGGUGAGUCAGUUCCAUGUGCCAACUACGAUUCAUGGAUGGUUUACAUACCUGAAGGUGAAUUCUUAUCUCGCAUUGGCGCCACAGAAUUUUUCAAGGAUCUUGAGAAGUAUGCAAGUCGGGAUGCUGUGCGAGAAUGGCAAAAACUUCUUGAUGCAGUACUUCCGAUGUCUGCAGCUGCAAUGGCUCUGCCUCCUCUAUCAAUCCGGGGUGAUUUGGGCGUUAUUUCCACUGCUGCAACUAGAUAUGCCCCCUCGCUCUUGAAAUCAUUUGUUCAAAUGGGACCUCAGGGAGCUCUUGGUGCUACUAAACUUCUCAGACCCUUCUCGGAAAUCAUGGAUUCACUGGACCUGAAAGACCCCUUUAUACGAAACUGGGUGGAUCUCCUGGCUUUCCUGCUAGCAGGGGUGAAAUCUAAUGGUAUACUCUCAGCAGAGAUGGUUUACAUGUUUGCAGAAUGGUACAAGCCAGGUUGCACUCUUGAGUAUCCUCUUCAAGGAACCGGGGCAGUGGUUGAUGCACUUGUCCGGGGGAUGCAGAAGUUUGGAGGGCGGCUAUCUCUUGAAAGCCAUGUUGAAAAAAUUGUUGUUGAAAAUGAUCAAGCCAUAGGAGUGAAGCUAAGAAGUGGUCAGUUCAUACGUGCUAAGAAGGCUGUUGUCAGCAAUGCAUCUAUGUGGGACACUUUGAAUCUGUUACCUAAGGAAGUAGUUCCUAAAUCAUAUCAAGACAGGAUUAAGACAACCCCUCAAUGUGAGUCAUUCAUGCAUCUCCAUUUGGGUUUUGAUGCAGAGGGCAUACCAGAGGACUUGGGAAUUCAUCAUAUAGUCGUAAACAAUUGGGAUAGAGGAGUUGACGCUGAUCAGAAUGUUGUUUUGAUAUCUGUACCUAGCGUACUUAGUCCCAAUCUUGCACCUCCUGGGAAACAUGUGUUGCAUGCUUAUACACCAGGAACUGAACCAUUUGAACUCUGGGAAGGACUUGAUCGUAGAAGUGGUGAAUACAGAAAGCUCAAAGCUGAAAGAUCAGAGGUAAUGUGGAGAGCGGUGGAGCGUGUACUUGGUCCAGGUUUUAAACAGGAGAAGUGUGAAGUGAAGUUGGUAGGAACGCCAUUAACACAUCAAAGGUUUCUCCGAAGGAACAGGGGAACCUAUGGGCCAGCCAUGCAAGCUGGCAAAGACACCUUCCCAGGACAUUCAACUCCAAUCUCACAUCUCUAUUGCUGUGGAGAUUCUACAUUUCCCGGAAUUGGAGUCCCUGCAGUAGCUGCCAGCGGUGCCAUCGUUGCUAACUCCCUGGUUUCUGUCUCUCAACAUUCCCAGCUUCUUGAUGCCAUUGGAAUUUGACUGCCCUGGUGAGUUCAGUUUAUCUUUUUCUGGAAUAUUCAUUCAUGUUGGUUACUUUCUCCGGCUUUUAGCAUACCCUCUCAAACUUUGGAUUCUUUCCAUGUACAACAAUUGUAUAGCAUCAGAUAAUGUAAAUCAUAACAUUACAUGUUUGAUGAGAGUAUUUGGUUGC